UUAGAAUUUUCACAUUUCUAAUUGUGCUUUCUGUAAUUGGCACUGCUGCAUCAGAUGUUUGGAGUGGAUCAAGGGUUAUCGUUGCAACAGCAAGAUCAGGCUUUUUUUUGGAAUAUUCGCACCUUUUAAGAGAAUGGCAUAAAGAUCGCUACACACCGGUUAAUGCUUUAUUAGCACAGUUCAUUUGGUGUUCAUUAAUUAUAUUGUUUGUUGGCAGUAGUUUUACUAUUACCAAUUUUGAAUUAUUUUCAUCGUUUUCGAUGUAUAGUAAAUGGAUUUUUUACGUUGUUACUGGUAUAGGGUUAUAUGUAAUUCGACACAGAGAACGAAAUGAUCAAGAAAUUAAUUCAAUUAAUAGCGACGGAAGGGACAAUUUACAUGAUCAAGGAAAUAAUUACGACGGAAAUGAAAAUAGAUUAUAUAAAGUUCCAUUACCUAUUGCUGGAAUUUUUAUAUUAGCAGGUUUAUAUAUACUUAUAUUUUCCUUUGUUAUUAACGUUCAAUGUCCAAAUAUUUUACCGCCUGCUUCAGACGAAUGUAGUAAAUAUUUAAAAGAACAAAGAGUUCAACAAAUGGCACCAUUACUUAUUAGUUACGGAUCUCUUUUUAUUGCUUUAAUAUCUUGGUAUUAUUGGUGGAGAAGUACCUAG